AUGGUUUUUGCUAACCUAUCCCACCAUGAGAAAGACGCAUUCUUCACCCUGCUAGACGAAUACUUUCAAUCUCGACCGGAACUUGUAGCGCAUCUGCAAGGAUCAGCCAACGAUGGCAUGGUUUCUAGUUCCGAAGUCAAGCAAGCUGCUGGCCGAGUAGCAGCAGCGGCCUCUGCGUUUGCAAAUCAAUCAAAUCCGAGUCCACCGCGACAUGCACCCAACACGCACACACCUCCUCCUGCCCCGCGCGGUUUGCGUUCCUCACAAACUUUCGGUGAUGUCGACAUGUCGUCUAAAUCCAGGAUGGUGACAUCAGCUUUAUUCUCCAAGAAAGAACCUCAAUCGUCUUCGACACCACUUCCGGUUCCUAGUGCGUUCUCUCAAAAGAAGAACUCAUAUGCGCCUCCUCCAACGAGGAACCGUGAACCUACGCCUCCGCCCGCUCACGAAGAAGAUGGAGAAUGGGCCGAAGCUUUGUAUGACUACGAUUCGUCAGAUCCGGGAGAUCUGCAGAUUAGAGCCAACCAGAGGGUUUUGGUUACUGAACGAACCACGGACGAUUGGUGGACGGGGACAUUCAACGGAAAGAGUGGAUUGUUUCCUGCAUCAUAUGUUAAGCUACUUUGA